GUCAGUUUCUGUCUUGCUCCUCUCUUGUCUAUUUUUUUCAGCCAGCUAGAUCUUCUCUCUUUAUUGUUGUUCCUCUUCUUCAGCUAGGGUGCUUUUAACUGCUUACUAUGCCUUUUCUGAAUUUUGGGGGGCUUUUUCAGAAAACUUGUUACCCGGAAGAGUUUGUGAUUCUUGGGAUGAUCUUAGGCUGUCACAAACCGGGGACCUGAGGUUUCAGGGACUGCUGAUAAUUGGGUCUCACCAUCUGACAUUCCACUCAUAGAUCCUUAUAGUAAAGAAGAGCACAAAAUGAGAGAAGCACAGCUAGGCGCUCACACUGUGAGGUCCCAUGGAAUGACACUUGCAAGGACUCACAUGCAUGACUGGAUCAUACUCGUACUACUCGUUAUCCUUGAGUGCAUACUCCUUAUCAUCCACCCGUUUUAUCGCUUUGUCGGGAAAGAUAUGAUGACUGAUCUGAGUUACCCUCUAAAGAGUAACACCGUACCAAUCUGGUCUGUCCCGAUCUAUGCGAUGUUGUUGCCAUUGGUAAUCUUCAUAUCUAUUUACUUCCGUAGAAGAGAUGUAUACGACCUUCAUCAUGCGGUGUUAGGUCUGUUAUACUCUGUUCUGGUGACUGCAGUACUUACUGAUUCGAUAAAGAAUGCUGUUGGUAGACCACGCCCUGACUUCUUCUGGCGUUGUUUUCCCGAUGGCAAAGCUGUUUUUGAUAGCCUCGGAGAUGUGAUAUGCCAUGGUGAUAAAAGUGUCAUAAGGGAAGGGCACAAAAGCUUCCCAAGCGGACACACCUCUUGGUCUUUUGCGGGUCUAGGAUUCUUGUCGCUGUAUUUAUCAGGGAAGAUUCAAGUAUUCGACGGUAAAGGCCACGUUGCGAAGCUAUGCAUUGUCAUACUCCCUUUGCUAGUUGCAGCUCUUGUCGGUAUUUCCCGUGUAGAUGACUAUUGGCAUCACUGGCAAGACGUGUUUGCAGGAGGCUUGCUAGGUCUCGUGGUCUCUACGUUCUGUUAUCUUCAAUUCUUUCCGCCACCAUAUCACACCGAAGCUUGGGGGCCAUAUGCUUACUUCCAAGUGUUGGAGGCGGCACGAGCACAAGCGCAAGCAGCGGAGAAUGGAGCGGCUCCGGGAGGUAACGGUGAAGAGGAAGACGGAGGGUUUAUGGGUUUACAUUUGGUGGAUAAUCCGAGUAUGAGGAGAGAAGAUGUUGAGGCUGGUAGAAGCUGAGAUAUGAAAGAAACACUGAAGCUGGUUCGGUAGAUUCUUUGUUUGGUUUGGUUUAACUGGUUAGACCCAGGUCUAUUAAAUAAAGUUUUAUUGAUUUUCACUUGUUCAGUUGGGACUAAUCGAACCAUAGGUUUUUUUAUCAACUUUGAACCAUAAUUAAUGACUUUUGCUGUCGCUUAUAAAUGAAGAAUUUUUUUUUUUUUU